CUCUUCGUCAUCACCGACUGACUGACGCCGCUUUUUUCGAGGAUCGCCCAUUGAGGUAGGAAAGAGGGUAUGGAUAGAUUGAGAAGAGACAUUUCUACUUUGGGUUUUACGAACGACGGCGACAGCGACGACAAUAGGGACGAGAAAAUUCACCUUACCGCUCCAAAUCUGAAGUUGCGCCUUUCUGGGAGAGGGAACCUGCGGCAGUUGUGCGCCAAUGCGCUUGUCCUGUGUUAUUAUAACGCUGUGAACAUAUACCACCACCACUUCACCGACAACACUUCUCUGGCUCUUCUAUUCUCUGGCUAUUGCGCCCUGGGGCUUUCAAUUACAGCGCUGGUGCUUUUCCGAUUCUUGCUUGCUUUUCUUGCUGAUCGCGAAAAUCCACACCGAGUUACCCAUAGCGAUCUUGCGAUCUCACAUCCUUGAUUGACAAUUCGACUGAUACUAUAACGCGAAAAUCCACACCGAGUUACCCAUAGCGAUCUUGCGACCUCGCAGAUACCCAAACCUAGAAGCGCGAACAACAGAGAUACAAUUGAUCAAGAUCGACUCACACAUGGCAGCACAGGCAUGAGCCCGCGAAACACCUGAACACGCCCACACAAUGGUCCGGCUACCCUCCGGUCUCACGGCUCUCUCAGCCAACGACGUCGGCCUCUACCACACCACCGACCCCCUACUCUCGAACCUCCCCCUUCUCAUCUUCCACGGUGCCUCCACAACCACAAAUGCCACCCUCAGCUCCUCCCGUAUCCAGAUCCACGUCCUCAGCGCUGCCGGCUUCACCAGUUACCCGCGCCUCACCGUCUCGCCCAACUCGCCCCUAUACGAUGUCGUCAAUGCGCUGCCGCGCGAAUGGCAGGGCGACGAGGUCUGUCGGGGCCUGGCGUUCGGGCUGAUGAAAUACUUUGAGGAGAUGCCGCCGGCGGUCAAGACAGCGCUGAUUGUGCAGUCUUCAAACACGCGGGGCAGAAGGCCGGGCUCCGUGCCGACCUUGUUUGGGAGGCAGCAUGCCGCGAAUCUGGCGAGCAGCCUUGUCAAGGUGGAUAAUGUGGCGGGGGUUAUUGCGGAUCUGGAGGCUGGGAUGCAGUCGCAGGCUCUCAGUCAUAUUGAUGUUGAUGUUGUGCUACCUCCGGGAUCGAUCACCUCUUUGCCAGAAGUUCAAGGUGAAGACGUCGACGAUGAGGCUGGAGAUUCUACACAUCUUCAGUAUGGGCCGUAUGCGCCACUCGUCAGGCAGUUUGGCGAACCAGCUUUCAUCCCAACCUCAAAACUUCGCCGGGCCCCGUCGAAACCUACGUCGCUGAACCGUUCAAAGUCGUUUCUCAAGAACCAGAAAAUGUCACUCCGUCGCGAGAUGGGUGAACUAGUCGACACGGAAGAGCGAUAUGUUAUCAAGGUGCAUGAACUGGUCAACAAUAUUGCCGACGAAUUCAGGGCCAAAGCAAGGAAGAAGGCUGUUGGAAGCGCAAGCCCCACCGAGAAAGACCUACAGAAGCUCUUUCCACCUUCGCUGGACAAGAUUCUACAAGUUAAUAAGGGGUUCCUGGCUGCCAUACAAAAAUGCAUGGACGAGUCGGAAGAAGAAGCGAUGCAAGAUCUUGAGAACGAUCAGCCAACAUUCUCCAGGCCGCGCUAUGGCGGGACUGGACGUCCAAAGGACCCAACAGGAGCGACUGGUUUUGCAAAGGUGCUGCUCGAGUGGUUCCCUCAAUUUGCAGACUGCUACCAGGAUUAUAUUCGCGCCAGCCAAGAAUUCCCACAGCUUAUUUCCACUUAUGCGAGACAGCAAUCGAGUUUCUCUCAACGGGUCCAGCAGACGGGAGAGCAAAAGCUUCGGUCUUCUAUCAUCGAACCGGUGCAGAGACUCCCUCGAUACAGCCUUUUCAUUGACAAUAUUGUCAAUUACCUCCCUCUUACUCACCCAGCCUUACAGUCUAUGCUUAAGGCUAGAGAUAUUAUCACAUCCAUUUGCUCGCUGGAUUCGCCCGAUGCGGAUAACACACUGACAGUAAAGCGACUUAAGUUGCUGGUAGAUAAAUGGCCAACUUGUGUCUUCAAGGGCCGACUCAUUUCGGCGGUGGACUUUGUCGAGCUCUCACCUCCGUACCUUUCAAUCGCAAACACACUUACAAAUACCCCUGGUGUUCUUCUACUCUUUGCAGACACCCUUAUAGUCUGCCGGAAAGCUGGUGGCAGCAAUAUCUCUGCCCGGGGUGUGAUGGCUGAAGUUGAUAAGCCGCCUACUGCUAGUAUGGUUGCCUCUGCCACGGGCGCGGGAGAGCCACGCCCGUCACCAGAACUUCAUCUCGUCAGCUACCACACUUUUAGCGAUGUUCGUUUUACAGAGGGCCAGGAUGGACGGGUCACAUGGAUGACAUUAUCUGCUACCCUUGACAAACAGCCUAACGCACUGCCCACGAGGAGGGCGUUCCUUCUUCAGGGUUCAUAUGAAGGCAAAGCCUCUAAAUGGACCGACGAAUUCACCAAAGCGAGGGUUGAAGGCAGGUUUGCCGAAAAAGAGCGCGAAUCAGAUAAAUGGUCGCUGCGUAAUGUCAACUCGAAGGAGACGGGACUGAAUAUAUAUGCGGCUGUCUUUGAAGAAGGCAUCGAUACGCUGGUUGAAGGUCGUAAGGAGCCUGCACCUAUUCGUAUCGUUGUUGACCAUGAGCGCGGAACUAAGGGAGCACCGGUGGGCCACUAUGGUGUUGAAACUGUUGUCAAUGUGACAGUCGUUAAGGGAAAGACCAGUGCUCCUUAUCAUCUCAAAUUUGAGGGUUUGAAUGACCUGAAUUUCAACGACCUUGCGAAUGACUCGUCAUUUAUGUCUGUCUUCACCAAACGAGUCGAAACCUUACUACAGAUUCAUUAUAGCCCCAAGAACCCGGCGUUGACCACUUCGUUCAUUCUGUGCUAUUCGAGUAUUCUCAAUUCUCUCAGCCUGCAAGUGGAUAAUGACAAGGCGAAAUACUACCGUUCUCCCUCGCCAGUCAAGAUUCUUUCCAGCUUCUUGACCGGUGGCGGGUCAAGCUUAUCAGACGCCCCAAAACACAAGCGCACUCCUACCCUGGGUAGUAUUCCUAACUUCACGGCACCAUCGCUGUCCAGGUCGAGCAGCAAGAAAGAGAUGGAUUCCAGUGUCACCAGUACCAACAGUAGUUUCAAAGCUAGCUUUGACGAGUCAACUACUGCCAAUCCUCUUGUUAAACUUGAAGAGACGUUUACAGGGUAUAUUAUCGCAUUGCAGUCGCGAAAAGGCAAUAUCAUCGGCAGGAUCCUGCGAAAUAGAUCCGGAGCAGAUGAGCUCAGUGUCAAUGCUCUGUAUAACAAGUUCAUCGAAAAUCCAUUUGACGCGAGAGCUUCCUUUGAGGCAACGAUUGACGUCUUAUUUUCUGCGUUUGAAAAAUUCACGCGGAUGGCUUGGAAGGACCAGAUGGGCCCUGUUAUUUCGGUGCAGACGCUGCAGGCCCUCCAAGAAAAGGCUUCGAAACUAUUUCCUGGCGACUUUGCAGAUUAUAUCAAGCUCCUCUUUGGGGACAUGGCGCCCCAAAAUAGACGUGCUUUCGUGGCUAUUAUCAAGCUCCUCGCUGACCUCUUGGAAGGCUGUGGAAAUGAUGGCGAUCGAGGUGCUCUUACUGCUUCUUUUGCUGAGCUUCUGGUUCCCGACAAUAAUCCACAUAGCUAUAUUAACCUACUUGAUCGGUUAGUGGAGGAUGCGGAUCGCCUUUUUGAGGACCUCGGUGUCGGUGCGAGCAAUGGCUAUAAUACUCCAAUGGACGGAUCCAUGACUUCGCGAACCCAAGGAUCUGUGACAUCUAACACAUCCCUGAGGAAACGCUUUGGUCUCGACUCACUUCUGCGCCAAAAUAGCAAGCGCGAAGAUGAUAGCAAGCCCUCCAUGUGGCGCACAUUGAGCAAGACAGCUCGCAGUACAGCCACAGGAGAGCAAAUGGAUGGUAAUAUCUCCAAGGGCCGUUUGCAUCGCUCACGAUCAAUCGAAUCCGAUUCGCGAUUAGGAACCCCAAAACGACCUGGUUCGCGUGACAGACCGACUGUGCUUGGCGCAUUCGAUGACCAGCGCCCGAAUAGUUCUCAUACUCCGAGUAGGCUGAGCACUAUUGGACAAUCUCCACCACCGGCACCCGAUGCCGUGGAUAAAUCUCUGAAGAAGAAGAGGCGCAGUUCGUUGUCCGACCUGAAGGCUCUCCUGGCCAAUGCGACGUUAGACUCGCCGUCCUACCCAUUGUCAUCCAGGAGGACAAACCAGCUGGCCCAACCAGCACCAGUCUCCCCCAGAACUCCGUCACCAACCAAGCUCCCCAGUCGCGCGCUCGCGUUUAACGGUUCUCCCAAACAGAAAGAGAACGCAAAUACCAGAGUCUCACCAGCGCGUAACAUCGGGAAUCUUACCGAGCGUCCUCACAAUGUCCAAUCUGGCGACACUGUAACCAUCAAAGAUCUUUGGUCCGUGCCUUCGAAAUCUCCCCCGAAGUCAGCUGCAAAUUUGGCAUCCAACAUCCCCACACUCAAAGGCAGCCCUCGUCCUCUAUCUCUAGCUCUCGCUCCCGCGCCCGUCUUCGGCACCCCAGCAUUUAGCGAGCCUACCAAGCCCCGCAAAGAUGCUGGCCCGACCAACAUCCCCAGCCCGACCAAGUCGCCGCAGAAACUUCGUCUCCAGAGCGCGCAGAAACUGCGCGAGCGGCUCCAGAGCGAAGCCAAGGCUAUUGGCGAGGCAGAGGCAGGAUUACAAUCUGAGUUGGCGAAGAUCGGGGCCGAGAUGGCGAAGCUGAGCGGGUCGCCUGUGCGUGGCACCCCGUCAUCAUCAUCGGGGUCGGAGUUACGGCGGAUCUCAGAGAGCGUGCGCGCGCUCGAGAGUCGGAUCCCAGUCUUGAUGAAGGACCUCGAAGGGCGCAACGCUGCUGUGCAAAAAGAGCUGGAUCGUGGGCUUGUUGUAUCGGAAGAGAAUGCGAAGGGACUAGACCAGCUGUAUCGCGAGGUUAGUGCCGAGAAUGAGAUUCUGUAUGAGCGGUUUAAUGGAGAGUUAGGCCGGAUCGUGAAGGCGUUGAAGGGGAAAGGGAGAGAGGAGCGGGAGGAGCUCCUGAAGAAGGUUAAGGAGUCGAGUGAGGAGGCUGCGGCGGUGAGGAAGGAGAAUGCAAGGUUGAAGAGGGACGUUGUGGGGCUGAAGGCGCUUGUGAAGGGGUCGGCGUUGUAGGUGGUGUUUGAUUUCGGAUGGGAUGGGAUGGGAUGAAGGUGUAUAGAUUAUGAUGGGAUGCACGGGAGUAUGUAUGCUACGUGAUGGUCGGUACUGGGCGGGGAUUGUUCUGGUCAACUAGGGAGAGUACCAAUAAAAUAUUUGACAAAACUAAACUGAUGU